AUGAAAAAACUUAAAUUUCUUAAGAAAAACCUCAUAAAAAAGGGAAUCAUCUUUGUUGAUUCAGAUGUAAACAACACGAACAUUAUGAAACAUGUUACUUGCCUUUAUGACUUUAAGGUGACCAUUGCUGUUGCAAACUUUGCUUUUUCGACUCCGUUGCUGUUAAAUCGCUGCAUAUUCUUUAAAUUUCUGUCAAAAUGUCGGAACAGUCGAAUCUUAAUAAAAGUUUCCAAUGUUGAUCUCGAGAAAGGACUUCCUUUGGACAACCCAAAGGUAUAG